GCAGGACAAGAACAAAACCCUAAAAGUUAUCAACUCUGUCCGAACCUCAAAAACGGAAGAUUUUGAUUCAAACGUAUACUUCAGAACAGGAGUAAAGCUAAAGGAAAACAACUUAGUUACUUCGAUCAUCUCUCGGUGCCGCGUUCUCCUGUAUCAUCCCCUCUCCAUCACUCGCUUGCUUCGCAUCCUCAGUUCCAGGAAGAUAGCGUGAUGGGUCAACGGGAAAAGUCUAGCAACAACCACAGUUCCAGGAAGAGAGGAAUGGGUAGGAAGGACCAGAAAGGUGGUCGUGGGUUUGAUAGAGAUAGUAACAAGAGGAACCAAUCCGGUGAUGCAGCCAACGUAAAGGCAGUGUCGAAGAAACAAUCCGAGUUUGAACAUCAGAAUCAGUUUGUCAGGAAAGAGAUUGAUCCAGAAACUUCGAAGUAUUUCUCUGAGAUUGCCAAUCUCUUUGAUAGUAAUGGAGUUGAUUUAGAGGAACGUGCUGUGAUAUGUGGAAACGCACUUGAGGAGACAAGAGGGAGGGAAUAUGAAAUUGCUACUGACUAUAUUAUAAGUCAUGUCUUGGAAACUCUGCUUGAAGGAUGUGAGCUUGACCAACUUUGCAGUUUCUUACGUAACUCUGCGUCUGUGUUCCCAGCCAUUGCGAUGGAUAGAUCUGGUUCUCAUGUUGCAGAGUCUGCUCUCAAAUCUUUGGCCACACAUCUGGAGAACCCAGAUGCCUACUCUGUUAUUGAGGAGGCUUUGCAUUCCAUAUGCAAGGGGAUUGUUGAUAAACCUCUUGAGAUGAUAUGCAACUGCUAUGGUUCCCAGGUUCUUCGAACGCUUCUUUGUCUUUGCAAAGGAGCCUCUUUAGAUUCCCCUGAACUUCGUGGCGCAAAAUCAUCAAAAGCUCUGGCAAAACGUUUAAAUUUGAAGAUGCCUCAUUUAGAUGAGAAUAAUAUACAGUUUUCCCAUCAAGGGUUUCCAGAUGUUUUCAGUUACCUAUUAUCUGGGAUUUUAAACUGUAGCAGAAAGGACAUGAAGUAUCUUCAAGUCGAUCAGUAUAGUAGUCUGGUCAUACAGACUGCUCUCAGACUAAUGGUGAAAGAAGAUAAUGAGUUGCUUGAAAUCAUUCCUCUUGUUCUGUGCUGCAACUCUGCAAAUAGAGAAGAAGAGGGGGUUCAUAUAGAGACUGAUGUGGCCAAGGACAUUUUAGAGUUAAUGAAGGAUAAUUCAUUCAGUCAUUUGGUUGAGGUGAUUUUGGAAGUGGCUCCUGAGAGUCUGUACAACGAAUUGUUCCACAAAGUUUUCAAGAAUUCGAUAUAUGAUCUUUCUCUUGAUCAGCGUGCAAAUUUUGUUAUUCAAGCUUUGAUCUCCAAUGCAAAAGACCAAGAUCAGAUGGGUUUGAUAUGGGAAGAAUUAGCUCCAAGAUUCAAGGAUCUUCUUGAACAAGGGAAGUCAGGUGUUGUGGCUUUUCUCCUAUCUGCUAGCCAAAGGCUUCAAAGUCAUGAACAUAAGUGUCUUGAGGCCCUUGCUGAUGCACUAUGCUCCAAAAAUGAGUCUCGUAUCUCCCUUUCUCCACGGUUGUUGUUUCUUGAUAACUACUUUUAUUCCCAAGAUAAGUCUUCAUGGGAGUGGGCACCUGGUGCAAAGAUGCAUCUCAUGGGCUGUUUGAUCCUUCAGAUAAUUUUCAAGUUUUCUAGCGAACUUAUACAGCCAUACAUAACAAGCUUAACUUCUAUGAAACCUGAGUAUACCAUUGAAACAACAAAAGAUUUAGGCGGAGCACAAGUCAUCGAGGCCUUUCUUGCCUCAAAUGCUGCUACAAAGCAGAAGCGUAGACUAAUUAUAAAGUUACGUGGACAUUUUGGCGAGCUCUCAUUACACACAUCGGGCUCAUUCACUGUAGAGAAGUGUUUCGACGCAUGUAACGUGGCACUAAGGGAAGUCAUAGCAACUGAAUUGUUGGAAGUGAAAGCUGAUCUCUCAAAAACAAAGCAAGGGCCUUAUCUGCUUAGGAAGCUAGAUAUCGAUGGGUAUGCCUACAGACCUGAUCAGUGGAAAUCAAGACAAGAAGCUAAGCAAUCGACAUAUAACGAAUUUUGUUCUGCAUUUGGGUCCAACAAAUCAAACUUUCCGAAGAACACCUUUGUUUCUGACGCAGCUGAAGAUGCAUCUCAGGAGAUAGAAGUAGAGAACACAAGGAAUGAGAGUGACCAUCCUCCUACUUCUGGGGUUAAGCGCCAGCGAGAAGAACUUGCAAAGGAUAAAAAUGUAUCUUCUGCAGGUGAGAAAGGGACGAAACAGAAGAAGAGCAAAACUAAUGAAGCAACAGAUAAACCAGCUACCAAGAAAAAACCUUUCCUUUCUGGCGAGAUGAUUGGAAAGAAUCGGCACUCAAAUAAAUUGAGAAUUUGAAGGGCUGGAUCCACUCCUUGGGAUUCUUCGGAAACUAUCUUUUUCACCUCGUAGAGACUUCUCCUUCAUGUCCUUGUUUAUGUUCAAAUCUCUCACAGUUUUACUAGAAGCUACUUCCAUGGAAGCUGGCACCAUCUGACGACCCUCUACGUUGCUGCUACAAAAAACUAGAAGUAGCAGAAUCAGAGCUGCUGAAGUCGACACAGGUGUUUGCAAUCCUUUCAUUGUGAAUUCUCUUUUUUGAUCUUUUUCUUUUUUAAUCUUGGAGCUUAGGCUCUUGAGACUGCAACUGAGAAAACUGUUUUGAGUUUAAAAGACAGAGAGACUGAAACUCUUGUAGGAUUAUAUUAUUGUUCUAAGUUACUUUUUGGGAUCUAAUCACGUGCUUUAGUUUGACUCCUG